AUGGGUGGUUGUUUCACUGAUAUUCUAAAAAGUGCCUCAUCCAUCAGCGACUUGACAUGGACGACAGUUGGAUUUGUUUUUGUCAUCGCUGUUGUGCACGGACAGGUCCGUUAUUCUGUUCCAGAGGAAAUGAAUAAAGGAUCACGGGUGGGGAAUAUCGUUCAGGAUCUCGGUUUGGAUAUUAAGAGACUCAAAUCUGGCCGUGCGCGAAUUUUCACGGAGGACACCCGUGAGUACAUCAGUCUGAAUGUGGAUAAAGGAACUCUGGUUGUGAAAGAGAGAUUAGACAGAGAGGAGCUGUGUGCUCAAGUGUCUCCUUGCUCUAUACAUUUCCAGAUUAUUCUAGAAAACCCAGUAGAGAUGCAUAGCGUAAAAAUAAUUAUUCAAGACCACAAUGACAAUGCGCCUCAGAUUCUGUAUCCAGUACAAACUGGUGCCUCGGUUGUGGCUGAAAUGGUACCUCGAUCAGCAAAUGUAGGAUAUCUUGUUACUAAAGUAGUGGCUGUAGAUGUGGACUCUGGACAGAAUGCUUGGCUCUCAUAUAAACUACAGAAAGCCACAGACAGAGCAAUGUUUGAAGUGGGGUUACACAAUGGAGAAAUAAGAACUCUACGACAAGUUACAGAUAAAGAUGCUGUGAAACAGAAACUGACUGUUGUAGUGGAAGACAACGGAGACCCCUCUCGUUCAGCUACAGUCAAUGUAAACGUGGUGCUGGCAGACAGUUUCCCUGAAGUGCUCUCUGAGUUCACUGACUUUACGCAGGACAUGGAAUACAAGGACAACAUGACUUUUUUUCUGGUCCUGGCCUUGGCCGUAGUUUCAUUUUUAUUUAUUGUUUCAAUCAUAGCUAUACUCUCAGUCAAAUGCUACAGGUGGAAACGUGAACGAAUGUUUUACAAAGCCGGUUCCAAUCUUCCAGUUAUUCCAUACUAUCCACCGCUUUACGCAGACGUUGGUGGAACAGAAACUUUGCAGCAUAUGUAUAAUUAUGAGACUUAUAGAACAACUGACUCCAAGAACAGGGAUUUGAAACACACUACACGUUCCACUGAGAACAUGAAUAGUCUGGAAAUCGGUGGAUAUCAGACGCUGACGCAUGUACAAAGAGAAAAAGCAAGUGAAGUCUUUGAUCAGGACAAGUCUGUUAAGUGUUAA